GAAGAAGAAGAAGAAGAAGAAGAGAGAAGAAGAAAUUGAGAGAGAAAGAGUGAGAGAUGCGCAGCAACGAAGAGACCGGUAAGGGAUACACAGCGAGUUGGGGCAUGACAGCGAAGCCGUGCGACUCAUGUAAAUCGGCGGCAGCACUUCUCUUCUGCCGAGCUGACUCUGCCUUCCUCUGCAUAGGCUGUGAUGCCAAGGUCCACGGAGCUAACAAGCUCGCGUCCCGUCACGAGCGCGUGUGGAUGUGCGAGGUCUGCGAGCAAGCCCCAGCAAGCUUCACCUGCAAAGCCGACGCCGCAGCUCUAUGUGUUACCUGUGACCGUGACAUUCACUCGGCAAACCCACUCGCUCGCCGACACGAACGAUUCCCAGUAGUCCCCUUCUACGAACCCGCCGCCGCCGUCGUCAAGUCCAACGCAGUUAACCUCCUCGUCCCCGUCAAAUCUAACGGUGAUGAUUGCGAUGACGAUGGCCUCAACGAUGCCGACGGUGACGGAGAAGAAGCCGAGGCCGCUUCAUGGCUGUUACCAAAUCCUAACCCAAAUAAGCUCAUCGAAGCUCAGGAUUUGAAAUCUGGAGACUAUUUCUUCUCCGACAUGGAUCCUUACCUGGAUCUAGACUGUACUCCUCCUUCCAUGGCGACUGAUAGUGUAGUUCCUGUGCAAACAAAACCCCUUGCACCAAAUCUCAUCAACCCCUCUUCAGACAACUGCUACGACAUCGAUUUCGGCCGAUCCAAGCCUUGUUACAGCUACACAACCCUAUCUCUCAGCCAGAGCGUCUCUUCGUCUUCGCUUGAUGUUGGGGUAGUACCUGAUAAUGGGAAUUCCAUGGCGGACAUAUCGAAUCCAUUUGGGAAGCAUAUGACGAGUUCAACUGAGAAUCAAGCAUCGCAGCUUGUGGGUUUGGACAGGGAAGCGAGGGUUCUGAGGUACAGAGAGAAGAGGAAGAACAGGAAAUUCGAGAAAACCAUUAGGUAUGCUUCAAGGAAAGCUUACGCAGAGACAAGGCCAAGGAUCAAAGGCAGAUUUGCGAAGCGGACUGAUAUUGAAGUUGAAGUUGAUCGAAUCUACAGCUCUGGUGCUGUUUUAAUGGCAGAUACUGGUUAUGGUAUCGUCCCUUCCUUUUGAUUCAUCAAGAAGAAGAUGGGUCUUCUGGUUUCAUCUCAGCUCUUCCGAACUCUUCUAGUAAUUAGAUGAAAAGAGAGGGGAAAUGGGUUUUUUUUGUUCUUCUUUCCUCAGUUGUUUUUUUUGUUCUUUGGUAUUGAUGUGUAAAUUAAGCUUCUGAUUGGUGGAACAUACUAACCAUCGAUUUGCAGAAGCUUUUUCUUCUAUUUGAUCCUCUGAGCUUUUUGCUACUGAGGAUGAUGUUCUCUUUGGGAUUGGACCCUCUUUCUUUUCUCAGGGCUCUUCUAUGUUUAUAGCUUUUUUCUUUC